AUGUCCGGAAUCAAUAAAGACGAAAAGGUGCGCACGGACACUGGGUUGCCCACGACCCAAACAUCGGGAGAUAGAGAGGGAGUUGCGAAGGGGAAAGGAGGGCUUGUCGCCGGCGCCGGCGCAGCCGCUUUGGUGGUGGGAAGUGAUGCGGUGGCCGGCCAGGGUUCCCUUAUGGGCCCGCCGGCUUCACCAGGGGCGAAGAGGAAAGCGCCGCCACUGUCCGACUCGGCUGGAUCCACGUCGGCGGCAGAGACUGCCACGAGCGAGCGGCCGGGUCCGGCCUCGUGGAAGAAAGUGGCCUCGAAGAGGCGGGCCGGAAAAAGGGCGGUCUAUGAAGGCCGCAGCGGUGUGGUGUCGGACGGGGCGGUGUCCGACUGGUCCGGCGACAUGGAGCUAAGCGACGAUGCGGGCUCUCGGUCGGCGAAAUCGCUCGCCAUCGCCACCGGAUCGAAGAGCGUCGCCACGGGCUCCGGGGUAACGUCGGGGGCGAAGCCACCCGAGGCCAGGAAGGCGAAGUGGAAGGCGGCUCCGAAGAAAAGGGCGCCGGAGGGAGCCUCUGCGACUGGGCGUCCCGCGCGUCCCGCGCAGCGGCCGGGUGCCGCUGCAGCACCGGCACGGCCUAGGCGCUGCCCAUGGCGCGUUGGACGGCACGUGCCCCCUCUACCAGGAGGAGCUCGCCCAGGAAAGGGCCGCGGUUGCCGAGGAGCGGGACCGCCCCAGAGCCCCGCCAGCUGGCGAGCCGAACGCCGGAAAUGGCUAACCAGCCCCCUGAGCCGAUGA